AUGUUCAUGAUGUCUUUAAAUUCUACUGUCGUUGCUCCCGCUAUGAGUAUUAUUGCUACAGAUUUAAAUGCACUUGAACAACAAACUUGGAUUGCUACAUCUUAUCUUGUAGCUGUGAAUUCAUUUCAACCAUUAUCGGGCAAAUUUUCAGACAUUUUUGGAAGAAAAGCGGUUUUUAUGUUUGGUAUCGUGUUUUUCUUCAUAGGUUCUUUAAUUAAUGCCUUAUCCAAGAAUAUCAGCAUGUUAAUUGCUGGACGUACUAUUCAAGGUUUUGGUGGUGGUGGCGUAAUGUCGAUGGCUUAUAUUCUUGUAACUGAUGUUUGUCCUGUCAAUCUUCGUCCUCGUUUUCAAUCUAUGCUUGCUGUUGUUUAUGGUAUUGCCAGUGUUGUAGGCCCUCUCCUCGGUGGCGCUUUUGUCGAUCAUGCUUCUUGGCAUUGGGAUUUCUGGUUAAAUGUUAUUCUUGCCGCGAUUGCAUUUAUAAUCAUAUUCUUCUAUUUAAAUGAAACACAAAAUACUAAAGAAACCUCACUUAAAGAUAAAAUAAAGCGUAUUGACUGGUUAGGUUCUGUUUUCUCUAUAGGGUUUAUUGUUUGUUUACUUUUAGCUCUUAAUUGGGGCGCUUCCUAUGGCUGGUCGGAUGCUCAUUCAAUUGGCCCAUUUGUUGGAGCUGGUGUUAGUUUAAUUGGUUUAAUUAUAUCUGAAGGUUGGUUAGCCAAGGAACCGCUUCUGCCUGCUAAAGUUUUACUGAAUCCACCUGUUACCAUGGUUUACGGCUAUAUGUUGACUUUAGGUUUAACAUUUACCGGCACACUUUAUUUUGGUCCCAUCUAUUUCCAGUCUGUAUUUGGUGCAAAUAGUACUGAAUCAGGUCUUCGUCUGAUUCCCUUUAUGGUUUGUCUUAUUGGUGGUUCAGUAGGUUGUAGUAUCCUUUUAAGAAAAUUUCCUAGCACAAAAUAUUACCUUAUUAUCGGUUCAGCUUGUAACUUAUUAGGUUAUGGUCUUUUUUAUACUGUAAAUGAAAGUAGUACAUGGGGUCAGCAGGCCGGCUAUCUUGCUUUCUGUGGCUUCUCCUUUGGCCUUUCUCAACAAAAUGCCAUAUUAACUGUACAAUCAUGUGUCGAAUUAAAAGAUAUUGCAGUCGCUACUAGUUCUAACAACUUUUUCAUGAUGCUUGCCUCCUCUGUUGGUAUAGCAAUCUAUCAAGUGUUGUAUAAGACUUUCCUCACAGAUGAGUUUGCAAAAUUGCCUCUUGAGGUAUUAGCUAUAGCCAACAAAUAUGGUGCCCUUCGUAACUUUUUGUAUAUUCGUGAAAUGCCUUUAGAGAUUCAAAAACCUGUCAUUCAUGCAUACUCUCAAGCUCUUCACAAAGUUUUUAUUCUCCCUAUUGCUGCUGCUGGUGUUGGUUUUAUUCUAACCCUCUUUUUCAAGAAUGUUCGUUAUGGUGAAUCUCUUGGUAGUGGUGGUGAUGCCAAGAAUUCUGCAAAGAAUGAUGUCGAAAGUGCUUUUGACAAAAAAGCUGAAGCAGUAUAA